UUGUCGGAGCACUAAGUCGCUUGAUGGGCAGCCGUCCCAUGAUGGUGUUUGGUGGACUUCUUACUACGACUGGCUUCAUGUUAACGUCAAUAUCAUCCAACGUUUUCGCUGUGGCUGUUUUUAUUGUUGGAUUAUCAGGUAUAGGGACUGCAUUUAGUACGUUCAUCAGCUUGGCACUCACGGCUUCGUACUUCAAGGACAAAUAUCCACUUGCCAAUGGACUAUCAACAAUGGGUGUUCCUAUUGGGAUGAUGGCUUACGGACCAGUUACGCAGUUGCUUCUGGGCACCUAUGGCUGGAGAGGAACCAUGCUCUUAGUGGGAGGUAUCUCGUUUCAUCUAGUGGCGUGUGCUAUGUUAGUGCGACUGGAUCCAUCUUCCUCCUCACCAGACAAUGAACAGUACCAAGAGGUUUCGGUAAACGAUGGGGACGAAAACCAGUCGGCGGGAGAAGGCAGAGAUUGUACUGAUGACAAAACUGAUAACUCAAAGAAGAGUUGCUGCGAUCCAGACCAUCGACAAAAUAGGACUGGAAUGUGUUGCCGAAACAUUGUGAAAGCAAUUGAUAUGGCUUUGCUGACAGAUGUCAGGUUUGUUUUGCUAAUUUGUGCGAGAUGCACAGCCAAUUUUACCUAUAGUGCAUGGGUGGUUUACAUGGUGUCGCACGGGCAGUUUCAGGGCCUUAGUGAAAUUCAAGCUUCGUUUCUGCCCACUGCGUUCGGUGUUGGCAACGUUAUCGGAAAGUUGGUAUUGCCAUUCCUGCAGCAGAUCGGCAUUAAACCGUCCAUGACAUUCUGGGCGUGUUUUGGGGCAGGUAUCGUCAAUGUAUCGUUCCUCCUUGACGCCUUCAUCAGACCUUUCAUCGGACAGUUAGCUCUUACUGGAUUCGUAGGCGUUGGUUACGGUGUGGUUUUUCAAGCCCUUGACGUCAUGGUACGGUUUCUUGUGAGUGAUGACCGGUUUGUUAGUGUCCUGGGAUGGCAAGGAAUGUUCGUUGGCGUUGCUGGGACACUCGGUGGAUUGAUAUCAGGAUGGAUUUACGAGUGGACGGGAGGUUUCAGUAUAGUUCUCUGCGUGUUUGCUGGAGUGACGUUGCUUUCUAUUCCCUUCUUCGUUACCGAAGCUCUAUACGCCAAGCGAAAGGCACUCUAACAUGGAUCAUAUUCUAAAAUUUUUGGAUCCUAUAAUUUUCGUUUCCCUUGUCCCUGUUGCAUCAGACAUGUACGAUUUUGUUAAUGCUGGAUGAACCCCUUAAACCCUUUACCCUAAAAGUGUUUGUCAAGCUAACUACAUAACCAACAGUUGAGAAUAGUUUGAGCUCAUGUUUAUAAUGAUACUGAAAGGUUAAAAAGUUCCGAGUUAUCAGGAACAGGAACAAUGUAACACAUUGGACCCGAAAUUUAUAACAUGAUCAUGCGUUUGUGUGACAGUUAAGGUGCAUGCAUGGACAUCCGAUUAUACAGCAUAUUGCGCUCUAUGCAGCCGAACGACAUCAAUGGUAGAGGGCGCUAUCGAUGAGACGAAUCCGUUUCGUCCAUAGUGCCAUCUACUGUUGAUGUCGUUCGGCUGCAUAGCGCACUAUAGGCGACCUAUGAGCUCCGUGCGCUACCAAAAGAGGGCGCCCUUUUACCUAACAA